AUGAAACACGGAUUGCGAGGUUUGUGCCUGUUGCUCUUCGUUUCCACGGGAAUUACGGCCAUUACGGAACCAACCGAGGAAUCAAUCUUGUCCAACGAAGAUUCGACGAGCUUCAGCGAAGCUUUCGGCGCCUGUUUAGCGAGAAAAGAAUUCGGCACGCUGGAAUGUGCGACUCGUGGUGCUCUGAGUACUCUCCAGUCGCUCAAUCACAAGGACGAUCUAGAUUUUGGAACCGUGCAUCUGGAGAGGGCCGAUGGCCAAAGUAGAGAACUUCUGGACUGGGAUUACGAUCCAAAAGAUUUUGGAAACAUCGUGAAAGCGACGACCAAGCUGAUAGAGCGUAGAAGUUUCAAAUGGAAUUUAGACAGCGUGUAUCCGGGAUUGCAGUUACGAGCUGGACCGAUGCUGAAUGGGGAUGGCAUCAUGGAAUUCGUGAUCAAUGAAAGAACAACGACAUUCGGUGACAGGCAAACUGGACCAGGAAGGCAAAUGGUGAGGCAUUUGCUGCUACCAUUCCUCCUGGGCUUCAAGUUCAACCUCGUAUCUCUCAUUCCGCUGUUGUUCGGAUUCUUGCUGAUACUUACGAAGAAAGCUUUGCUAUUGACGAAGAUAGCUCUGGUGAUCAGUGGUCUGUUGGGCUGGAAUUCGUUAUUGUCACCCACUGGGCCGCCGCAUUAUCCAGCAGGAGGAUUCCACACACACGGACACGAAACACCGAUCGGAGGAUUCCCGUACUACGAACACUACAAUUUUCAUCACAGGCCGUACAGGGGAUUCCAGGGCAACGACUUCCAGCCGUACAGUCAGCACGUAAUCAGAGAGGUCGUCGACGUUUAUGAUAACACGGAACAAGUGGGGAAGAGCAAACGGAAUGGUAAGAAUUUCGUCUGGGUAAAAAGUAACUGAUGUGAUCAACGAGGUAACGAAUAGAUGCUUUUAAUCUAGUGACUUUCAUCCAAAACCAAAAUUCAUUUCGUGAUAUAACUUGUCGUAGAAAAUUUCUGUAAAACUAUAGAAUUGUUCCUUUUGACAAAAUUUUGGAUGAAAAGUAGCUGAUGAAGUCUUGUAAAAAAAGAAAGAGAAGAAAAGGAAAUUUCUAUAUUACAGAAAAUUAUUCCCCUUCAUGAAAUAUAUAUCUAUAUUUCUAUUGACAAAUAUUUUAUUUGUAAGAACGUAUUCGAAUGUUCUACCAAAGAUGCAGGAACUUUUAGGUUAAUGCGGUAUUGCACAGUAUUAUUUCCGUUGACACGGACAGGAUGUGUUUAUUCGUUAUUACAUCCUCUCUCGUGGAAUGUUCAGAUUAAACCUUCGAAUAAAACUUAAUUUCCAGAAAAGAAUUAUUCAGUGCGCAACCAUUUCUUACGCCCCCGUUCCAUUUGCACAGAAUUUUCCUUCCGUCUACUCUUAUGAAUAUACUCGUUUUUCUCUUCCAUUUUCCCAAUUAAAGAUUCUCCUCGUAAUUAAAUGGAAUAGGGAAGUUCCAGCCGGACAUGCCUAACCCGAAAAGAUGAACCAAUCACGUUUUUAAUAUCUAUAGCAAACCAAAAGGCUAA